UCUCCCCUCAAAAUGAUCCCUUUUAUACACUCUCAUCAUCCUCAACUUCUCUUUCUCACUGUGCCAACAACUUUCAUAGAAAAAAUUCCAAAUUUGAGCUUAAAUUUCACAUCAAAAUCUCCUUUUUUUUUUUUAUUCCAUUUUAAUUAUAAUUGUACUUCAUCUUCCUCAAAUUUUGGCAACUUUCAAACUAAAAAAAACACAUAUAUAUAUAUAUAUAUAUAUAUAUAUAAUAGAACUAAAAAACACCCUUUUUAUCGGGAUUUUCACAACACCGGUUUUUGUUAAGGAUUUAGUUAACUCUAUUGGCUUUUUUGGGUGACCGAGAUGUUUAUUUUGUAUUUUUGAGAGAUUUGUGAAGUACCCAUUUGGUGGAAAUUGUUUGCUGAGCUGGUGCAGAAUUAUUUAAUUUUUUCAUGGGAAUUGAGCCUGGUAUUACGGCUAACAGAGGUACGGAAUUCGAUAAAACAAGCGCCGAUAGAGGCAAGGCGUCACGGAAGAAUCGGCGGCGGGGUCGAAAAAUGGCGGCGGUUCAGACCUUAUUUCGCGCAUGUAAGGAGGUGUUUGCCGAUGGUGGAACAGGGUUUAUCCCCCGUCCCAACGACGUUGAACGGUUGCGCUCCAUUUUGGAUAGCUUGAAACAAGAUGAUGUUGGCUUGAGCCCAGAAUUGCCAUAUUUUGGACCAAUAAUGCAUGGGAAUGGUCGAGCUCCUAUCAUAACUUACCUUCAUCUCUAUGAAUGUGAAAAGUUUUCGAUUGGAAUAUUCUGCUUGCCGCCAUCUGGUGUAUUACCGCUUCAUAAUCAUCCAGGAAUGACUGUUUUCAGUAAACUUCUCUUUGGUACCAUGCAUAUUAAAUCAUAUGACUGGGCAGAUGGCGAACCUUGCACCACCGUUGUUUCAGAAAAUGCUCCUCGGGCCCGGUUGGCAAAACUUACAGUGAAUGAAGAUUUUGUUGCCCCUUGCAACACUUCAAUCCUUUAUCCAGCAGCGGGUGGGAAUAUGCACUGUUUUACAGCGGUGACAGCAUGUGCAGUUCUUGAUGUUCUAGGCCCACCAUACUCUGACCCUGAUGGUCGACACUGUACAUACUACCGGGAGCAUCCCUUUGACCGUUUCUCAGUUGACGGGAUAUCUGUGCUGGAAAAUGAGAGGGAUGGUUUUGCAUGGCUUCAAGAAAGGGAGAAGCCACGCCGCUUGACUGUUAUUGGGGCGCCAUAUAGAGGUCCCAGGAUUGUAGACAGUUGAGCCUGGGUGUUACUUUUGAUGGUUCUAGUUUUUACUUUUGAUGGUUUUUUCCUGCAGUUAGAGUGCGGCUCUGAAGUUCUCUACUGCUCUUGUACAUAAAUAGUUUAAAAAGGAAAUGAAAGAAAAAAAAAGAAAGAUAAUAGAUGGAGAAUUGGGAGGGACAGUUUGAGAAAGAAGCUUGAAAGGGAAACGUAGCUACUCAUAAUUAGAUGAUUAAAUGUAGCAAAAAGUUUCAAGAGCAUAACCCUUUGGAGACAUUGUUUUUUAUUGUUAUUUUGGUUGGAAUAAUUGUUUCAACGAAGUGCAUGUAUGAUUGUAUGGUGACUAGAUUUUCUUUGUUGA